AUGGCUAGUCAAACUCAAGGCAUCCAGCAGCUACUCAUCGCCGAGAAGAAGGCAGCUGAAAAGGUCCAAGAGGCCCGCAAGAAGAAGGCCCGCCGAUUGAAGCAGGCCAAGGAUGAGGCCACCAGUGAGAUUGAGCGCUUCCGAGCCGAUCGCGAGCGCAACUUUCGGGAGUACGAGACUAAGCACAUGGGCUCAAUGGAUACCAUCAAAGAUUCCAUCGAGCGUGAAACCCAGGGCAAGCUAGAGUUGAUGAACAAAUCGGUUGUCACGUCGAAAGACAUUGUCAUCAAAGACCUCCUGAGCAGAGUCGUCUGCGAAGUGCAACCAAAGCUGCACACAAACUUGCGCCUCGCUUAA